GAACCUGAUGUUUGACCUUUAACUGGACGUUGUCUGUGGCACACAACAGUUCCAUCCUCUCUCGUAUUACUAAAGGAGCUUGGGUUUCUUCCAUGUUGCGAAAGCGAACAGAGAGGACAUGAAGACAAACUGAGAAGCGAAAGAGUGACACGGGCAAGAGAAGAAACUGGAGCUGAAAAUCUCUCUCUCCCUCAGCAGUAUCGAUUAAAGGCUCGUCUGCCACGGCGCACUCUCAUGGGCCAUUGCAGAAGCAAGGAGGCAGCAGUGCGGAGAUGUUUACAAAGAAACCUCCUCCAGAGGAGGAGAGAAGAGUCAGGGCCAAUGACAGAGAGUACAAUGAAAAAUUCCAGUAUGCUAGUAACUGCAUCACCACAUCCAAGUACAACGUCCUCACCUUCCUGCCCAUCAACCUGUUCGAGCAGUUUCAGGAAGUGGCCAACACCUACUUCCUCUUCCUGCUCAUACUUCAGGUGAGCGGCAGCCAAGAAGGGGGAGUGGGUCACACUUAAACUAAACAUCCGCUGCCUGCUGCUCAUUGCAGAAACCCCGUGGAGGUUUUCCCAGGCUACUGGUUUUGCUCUUCUAGUCAUGACCGUAAAGAGCGCCGUUUGAUAUAAGGGUCACUACUGAUAUGCUCUCGCACUAGCUACUGUUUUCUUUUGGUUUAGAUACCCAAACACACUACCGGAAUGUUUUCAAAGACUAGUAAAACAAAUUUUUACCUCAUUUCACAUGACUGAAAAGCUAUCCCGCACACAUGACGAAAACACCCUCACAUUCUAGUGAAAAUUGUUUUGCUUCUACAUACUACUGAAAC